AUGCGCGCGGACGUCGGUGAACGCGCACGGGAACGCGCCCCGGGUCCGUCGAGGGUCCAUGUGCACGGCGAGACGUCGUUGGAUGAUUACGUGAUCACGCGACCGUGCGGUGAGGGGUCGUUCGGGCGGGUGUUCCAGGCGCGUCGACGAUACACGGGACGCGCGUGCGCGAUGAAAUUUAUCCCGAAAAGCAACAAGAGCGAGCGGGAGUUGGCGUCGUUGCGACAAGAGAUCGAUAUCAUGCGAACGCUGGAUCACCCGAACGUGAUUAAGAUGUUGGAUGCGUUCGAGACGGAGCGGGAUUUCGUGGUCGUGAUGGAGUUCGCGCAAGGCGUAUUGAGCGACGUCUUGGCAAACGACGCGACGUUGCCGGAGAGUGAGGUUAGACGGAUCGCCGAGCAGUUGAUCUCGGCGCUGCAUUACUUGCACAGUAAUCGCGUCAUUCAUCGCGAUCUGAAACCGCAGAAUAUUUUGAUUGGGGGGGACGGAAAGGUGAAGCUUUGCGACUUUGGUUUCGCGCGUUCGAUGAGCGAGUCGUCGCUCGUGAUGACCUCCGUGAAGGGUACACCGCUGUACAUGGCCCCGGAGCUCGUGCAGGAACAGCCGUACGACCACACGGUUGAUUUAUGGUCCAUCGGUAUCAUUUUGUAUGAGCUCUUUGCCGGGGAACCGCCGUUUUACACCAAGUCAAUGUACACACUCUUGCAGCGAAUCGCCAGGGAGGACGUCAAGUAUCCGGAGACGAUGUCGAACACGUUCAGAUCGUUUUUGCAAGGGCUGUUGAUAAAGCGACCUCGUGAUCGGUUGAACUGGCCAAAUGUGCUAGAUCAUCCGUUCGUCAGACGAGUCGAUGGCACAGCGACCGAGGACGCGAGAGACGACAGAGUCCCGGAGGAGCCGACAAAUCGGGCGCCGACGAAUCGCGGACGGGAAGCGGGUUCGGCGCACGAUGGGCGAUCUAGCGGCGGCUCGUCGUCGUUAUUCUCGAGCAUGGAGGAUGUGAAUGACGUUUUGCGGGAGAUUGAGAUUACGGCGCGUAAAUCAGCAGAUGCUGCGUGCGGUUUAAGAUUCGACAAGGAUGCGUUGACGAAGAUCAUGGAGACGCUGCAACCGCAGUCCUCGUUACGAAGCAAAUUUUUUCCAAGCGUGAUCUCCAAUCGCACGCUAGGGAAAAAGUCGGAGCCAAAGCUCGCGAAGACCGCGGAUGUCAUGUCUGCUCUACGAUCGACUCUUCUGAUUUUAUCCGUUCCCAGGGAAAAAUUGAUACGCUCAGGCGUCGGUUUGUCCGUCAUCGGCAAGGAGUUACCCGCGGCGGUCAUCAACGCGUGUUCCAUGGCAGCGAACGCGAGCGACCCACCGCAGCCUGAAUUAUUAGCACUCGCCAUCAGAGUCGUCGCGGCUAUGGCCGAGCCGACGGGAUCGUCGCCGUGGUGCGGGCUCGGGCUGUUGGGAUACUUGAUGUUCCUCGGGAAACUUCUCGGGUACCAGCACCGAGACCUCGGUGAAGCCGUGCUUUCGACGACGUGCACGGCGAUAGCGGACGCCGUGGAAGCCGCGAUGAGUCGUGGCCAGAGUGUUGAGCUCACAGCGACGCGUGCGGCGCUGGGUCCGGCGAGUUCUAGGGGUGGAGGCCUCACGGAUGCGCUGUGCCAGACUUUGGCGAAGUCCACGACACAAGCGACAGCGAGCGAGACGUGCAGAGCUCUGUACGCGGCGACAGAGAUCGGAACGUUGACGAAAUACGUGGCCGUGACGCUAUCAAAGAAGAAUGACGGCACGCAAAAGCUCAUCAGGAGCGCGACGAUGAAGGUUCACUCGGCCAAGCUACUCAAAACUGUCGCAGAGGCGAACGAAGACAUCCGUACCGAAGCCAAUAAUGCCGACGGCGUGCGCAUAUUAGCCGCCAUCUUGGUUGACGAGACGUCGAAAAAACGGGUCACAUCUCAAAAUGCUCGGUUAACGGCCGCGGUGAUGAACGCAGUGGGGCCGUUGCUCACCUCUCGCACGCAGCAUCCAGUGGUCACGAUGCUUGAUGUCGGCAUGGCUGAGCCGCUGUGCUCAGCGCUCACAGCUUUCAGAUCGGUGGCAGAACAAGCCGAGGGCGGCACCUUGAACGACGUCACGCUCGUGCCAGCAUGUGAGUUGAUGCGACUAGCGCUGAUGCCCUUGCGGACGCCCGACAUGGAAGAACAGCCGACGGAGCGUGCGAAUCGUCAGUUCAGAGCUAUGCUCUUUGAGCGCAACGUCGUGAAGACACUCAUUGAGAGCGUCACAACUUCACCUUCAGAUCAGUGGUCUGCGCCGAUCGCCCUCCUCAGCUCUCUCGUUAUGAGCUCAGGUAUUCAAUCGAGCCAGAUCGCCGCGAUUUUCAUCGCUAGUGGUGGUCUCGAUCCGACGCUUUGCGGUAAGGUGCUCCAGCACUCGAGCGCGCAAGUUGUCGUCGACUGGCUCAUCAUCAUCAUGCAACUUUCUCGUAUUGACAAGGAGAACAGCAGGGUGAUCGACGAAGCAAACAUCAUCAAGACCAUCACGCGUUUACUUGAUCAUCCCGACGCGAGCGUCCGCGCUCGGGCGUGCAACGCGAUCGGUAGCGUGUGUCGACACGAUGACUACUUCUAUGAGGAGUUCCUCGAGGUCAAGACUGUUGAGAAGCUCAUCGAACGCUGCGGUGACCGAGAUCGUUCCACGCGUAAGUGGGCUACCUUUGCGAUCGGUAACGCGGCGUUCCACUCUGAUGCACUCUACGGUCCGCUCACCGCCGCCGUGGAUCCGCUCAUGUACCUGCUUGACGCCAACGAAGAGGCAAAGACGCGCUCGAAUGCGUGCGCCGCACUCGGCAACUUGGCUCGCAAUUCCAACGUACUCUGCGGUCUCAUGGUGAACUCCGGUGCUUUAGACGCGAUCAUCAACCUCAUUACUGCUCCGAGCGAAGGUAAAGAGCCCGCGGCGUUCGACCCAGAGCUCAUCAAAGUGUGCUUCUACUCGCUCGGCAACCUCUGCAGGCAUCGAGCGUGCCGCGAGCGUCUCGCCGCGAGAAAUAUAGACCCCAUCCUGGACGACCUCGCGCAGCGAGGUACCGGUGACGUGCGAAGAUACGUCGACCGAAUCAAAUCCAAGCUCGCCGCCGCCAAUGUGCGCGCGUCGCAAUCCCCCGUGUAA